GCACCUCUUCAACUCAAAAGGGCAUGAGGAGAGCCAUCCCCAGUCCCCAAGUUGUCCCCUUGAGCCCCUGUCAAUAGCAGGGGACCCACCUGGACCAGCGUUGCUGCAGGCAGAGGAGAGGUACGAGGAACCCGAGCUCCUGGCUGGACAGGAAUCCCCACUCCCUCUGGCCACCAGGGAGGCUGCCCUACCCAUCCUGGAGCCAAUCCUGGGGCAGCAGCAUCCGGCACCCCCUGACCAGCCCUGUGUCCUCUUUGUCGACACCCCUGACCCUGGGCAGGCGCUGCCUGCCAAGGAGGGGGCCAUGACCCUGGCCCGGGCUGAGACCACCCAACCCAGGACAGAGGUUCAAGACCCCUGUAGGGCGUCCCCUGAGCCUGCAGGCCCUGAGAGCAGCUCCCGCUGGCUGGAUGACCUCCUGGCUUCACCACCACCCAGUGCAGGAGGUGCAAGGCGGGGAGCCGGAUCCGAGCGGAAGGAUGCACAGACCCCAGGUGCCUGCUCUGAGGGACUCCUUGGAUGGGCCCAGAAGGAUCUGCAGAGUGAAUUUGGGAUUGCAGCAGACCCACAUCCCAGCCAGUUUAGUCCUUCCGGCUGGUCCCAAGACACUUCUCAGGACUAUAGCCUUGGGAGUACAAGCCCUAGAGGGGACCUGGGCCUCAGAGAGAGGGACUGGACCAGCCAGUGUGGGCAGGGAGUGGGGGAGGGGAGCUCUAGGGAGUGGGCCAGCAGAUGUGGCAUCGGCCAGGAGGAGAUGCAGGUCAGCCACCCAGAUGGGAGUGGAGCAUCUGCCUCAGGAGGGCUCAUGGGCCAGGACUGGGAGAUUGGAAAGCCAGCCCAGCCAGGCACUCCGCAGGGCCAGGAGGUGGACGUCCAGGCCUGGGAGUUCAGAAAGAGGGAUUCCCAGGGCUCCUACUGCAGCCGGGAUGUGGCACUCCAGGACCAGGAAUUCAGGAAGAGAGAUUCUCUGGGUACUUGCAGCAGCCGCGACAUGGGCCUUCAGGACUGGGAAUUUGGGAAGAGGGAUUGUCUGGGUGCUUACACCCGCCGGGAUGAAGACGAGCAGAGCCAGAAACCGGGGAAGAAGGACCAGCUUGGUGGGUACAGCAGCCAGGACGCAGACCAGCAGGACCAGGAGUUUGGGAAGAGCAUUCUUCCCUGAGCGUCUACAGGGCCACCGUGCAGAGCAGCUGGAUCAGGAUUUCGGAAAGAGCGCUUGGAUGGGAGCUACGGUGGCAGGGGCAGCCCCGAGGCCCUUGGCUCCCAGGACAGAAGCUGCGGAACGAGAGUCCUGAGUGCUGGCUUCAGCCCUGAGGAAGCCCAACAGCAGGACGAGGAGUUUGAGAAGAAGCUUCUGAGAGGCAGAGACAGCCCGGGUGAGGCCAGCAGAGAUGCAGGCUGGCCUG